AAUGGUAAAAGUUCAGACGUUUAGUGGCACUCGAGCAGUUUGGACGCAAAACUCGAUCCCUAAAGUGGUUCUCUGAACGACUUACUACCAUUUUGGAGUUACUCCAAAAUUAGUCAAAGCAAGUUUUAUUAAUUUUUCGCUUCUUCACCUUCUUCUUUUCUUUUGUUAACAUACUCAAAAGACGUUAAAUACUAUUCGACGAACUUUCAGUUUAAUUUUCAUGGACUUAGAUUUUACUUUCGAAUAAAAAAGAUUUUUAUAAUCUCGAUCAGGUUUUUAGUAGAUUUUGAAAGUGAUAUUUUGAUUUCGAACUAGAGACAUUGCAGUGGCAAGUUGUGUGAUAUAAAGUAUUUUAUAGAAAGUUAAUUCAGUUGAUUCGCGGUGAAACCAAUGACGGAAAAGGAUCUCGAUUCAAUGGCGACCGUGCAGAUGAAGCAAGAGUAUGCACCCAGUGAGGUUUACAGCACAGCGAGUGAACCACCACCGGCCUACAAACGUCGUUCAAAUUCCGUACAAAUUGCCAAAAUUUGUGCAUUCACUGUGAUCGUAUCGUCCUUUGUGAUCGGCUCAUUUAUUCUAGCCUCAGCGUAUCUUCAGGCUCGUGCAUCAUGCGAUCAAAUGCAAGCCUUAGAUUCGGUGCUCGAGAAGGAACUAAUGCUGGAGACUAUGCAACAGGUAAAUAAGGAACUUCCCCGUGCUGAAGCAUUGUUGGGCAAGGAAGCUGAUGAUUCUGAUCUACAAAGUAUCGACAGGGAGGAGGAGCCUGUAAAGAAAGAAGAAAAACCAGAACAAGAAGCUAUUCCAUCCAGCAAUAGUGAAUCUGACAGUGACUCAUCAUUCUCCGAUAGCGAUGAAUCUGACGAUCUUCAAAAGAAUCACUACAAAGUUCCUCUUGAAUUGGACCUAAGCGACUUGGCUGCUGCUUUACUUGAGAACAACCAAAAAUCACGUAUGAACUGCGUUAUUGAACGUAAACAUGCCGUAGAACUUGUUGACUCGCCAGCCCGUUCCAUGCAACUUCCAUUCGGAGUCAACCUCACCACUGAUCCCAAGAAGCAACGAAUCACCGGAGAGAGGAUUUCAAUUUCAUGCGACAGUGGCUCAGAUGAUGAAAAACGCGAAAACACCGAAGAUGCUGAAAACAUCCGACCAAUCUUCGUUCCCCUCCAACGUAUGCCAAUCCCAUUCGGACCACAACCCCAACAAAUCCCUCUCACUCAUAUGCCCCAACGCAUGGCUCCACCGCAACCAAUGAUGCACCAAAUGCCACCACCAUUCCAACAAAUCCAAAUGCGUCCACCAAUCCCACCACAAUUCAUGCAAGCUCCACGACCAGAACCACAAGUUCGCAUCCAUGUUCAACGUAUCCCAAUCCGUGAUCUCCCAAUCCCACAGGAAAUCCAAGAAGAAAUCAUGGGUGAGAAUAAGGACUAUGCACCACAGGAACAACAUCAAAUGCCACAAAUCCAAGUUCAACGUGUCCCACUUGGACUAGCUCUUCAACGUGCUGGCAUCACCGCUGAUGAUUUAAGGAAUAUCCAACGUAUGGCCGAGGAACGUAUCACUGAGGAACUUCGUCACUUGGCUGCUGAGGAAAGUGCUUCCAAUUCUGAAAAUAGCGACAGCUCCGAAGAAGAUGAUUCACAAUCGAACGAUCAAUCGAAUCCAACUCAACAACCACCAGAACCACAAUUGUCUCUGCAUCCACCAAUGCAAGAACCACAAAUUUUGCAAAUGGGACGUGCUGCUUAUGGACGUAGUCUACCAACACCAGUUAGGAUUCCAGUUCCAAUGAUGCAACCACAAGAGUUGCCUCAUAUCAGCUCUGAACAAGAAAGUGCAGAACCUGAAAGACCACACUAUGUCCAACCACGUUCAGUCCGCAGCGUUGACAACGUCUUCCUCCACCGUGAGAAGCGUGUGAAGCGAUGCGCUUGCGAUUGCAGUUGUUAAAUCAACUCAACAUUUAAGCAAUAAUCAACCAAAAUCAGCUUAAAUAACACGGCCAACGCUAAAACAAAAGGAAAUUGUAAUUUCAGCGACAAAAUGUACUUAACUUGGUGUAAAAAUGUUGGCCAGCAACAAAAAUCAACAAAAAUUCCAUUUAAACAAAGUUUAUAUCAACCAAUUUAACAAAAAUCAACACCAACUCUGAAAUAAAUAACUUUUGUGCAUAAAUAUUUUUUCCUAUAGUUGUAAAAUAUAUUAAGGAUUUAUAUUUUUUGUUUUUUUUCGCAAAAGAGAAAAAGCAGAAAUCGGAUUUCGCUAGAACUCAACUUUUUUUGGGAAAAUGUUUUGGUUUUGCACCAAUAGAAUCAUCUGACACAGCACAAAUGACGAUGAGGCAAAGAAAAAGGACAAUCCACAACGCUAUCCUUCAACUUCCUCGGAAUAAAUGCAAAGUGAAAAUUUCUAUAUUCAUGUGAUGUUUACCUAAAACCAAUAACACUUAACGUAGAUGUUAUUAUUGUAAAUUUACAAGAAGAAAGCUAUAAUGGAAGACAAUCUACAAAAUUCAGUUUACGUUUAGUUCUUAAUAAAUAUUAUAUUACCAAGCA